AUUUUGGCGAUUCUCGUUUGUUUUGCAGCUCGCCUCAUGGGUGAUUGACGAACCGCAGAGCGUAAUUUAGCCGGUUUUCAAGCUAAUUUAAGCCGAAUUCCACUUCACGAACGCUCAAUUCAAGUUUUAACACAUCCUUCCGCAUCUAAAAAACAUAUUUAAACCAUGAAUGAGGAGAAGCUGAAGAAGUUGCAGGCGCAGGUGCGCAUCGGUGGCAAGGGCACCCCGCGCCGCAAGAAGAAGGUUGUGCACGCAACCGCCGAGACCGACGACAAGAAGUUGCAGAGCUGCCUGAAGAAGCUCAACGUCAACCCCAUUCCUGGCAUCGAGGAAGUCAACAUGUUCAAGGACGACGGCACCGUCCUGCACUUCAACAACCCGAAGACACAGGCUGCCGGUGGCGCCAACACGUUUGCCAUCACGGGCCGCGCCGACGAGAAGCAAAUCACCGACAUGCUUCCAGGAAUCUUCAGCCAACUUGGACCGGACAGCAUGAGCCAGUUGAGACGUCUGGCCACGUCCAUCAACGCGCAGCGAGUCAGCCAGCCUCGACCGGCUGAAGGCGAGGACGAUGACUUCGUGCCUGACCUCAAGUCUAACUUCGACGAAGCCAGUAAAGGAGAGGCCCCGUCUGCCAAGAAAUCGGAUUAAACGUUUAAAACUAUACCAAAUUGACUGUUGCGAUCAGAAACAAGCCGGAGACGUUGAAACAAUUUUAAAUUGACGAGGAGAAGAAAGUAAAGGAAUUUCCAUGGACAUUCCUAGUGCCUGUUUGAUUUCAGCAGCAGUAACACUUGGAAUUUUCUUUCUCAACGCCACCCAUUUUUUGCAGUUCUUGUACUUCCUUUGUGUUGGUGUAAUAUUUUUUUUCAAAUUAAAGAGAAAUGUUUCCGCAAGUCUUAAAUGAUUUGUACGAAAUGAUAGACUACUCGA